AUGUCGAGAAAUAUAAUUAAUGAAAAACUUUCUUUUGUAUGGGACGUUCCAUCUACUGUUGCUUGCACAUCCGGUGCAUCAACACAAAGCAGAGAUGUCACAGAAAUUGUUGAAAAUGCCCCGAGCUUGCAAAAGGAACAAUCAGUAUCUAGUGGUUUCGGGAACCUUCAGUUAGAUUUAAAAAUCUGGGUAAAGUACGGUGACAGCCAGCCAACUCGGAUUCUUUUUGAGGGAGAGAUUGUAGACGACUUGAAAGAAGCGGCCAAGAAGAAACUGUCACCCGACUUAGAUGAUGUGGCCCUUAACCGUAUUACUAUAAGAAGACAUGGUGAAGAAGACGACUUGCGUGCGGAUUUAAUUGUUGAUGAAAGUAUUGUAACUACUUACGACACACCUUUACAGAUUAUUGUAAAUGCACCUGUGACAUUAAAACGUAAACAUGAAGAGUCGGAAGAUUUAAGCGAGAUUGUAAAAAGUGCUGUGAGGGAAGAAUUCUCACGACAAAAGCCUGAUGAGAUGAUACAAGCAUCAAAUCUUUCGGAAACAAAGGCAAGAAAGAUAAUUGAACGUUAUGGAUUAAAACAUUUUGAACCAUUCCUAUGGGAUAUGGAAAAUGAUGAAGCUCACCAAAUGUCCGAAGUUGAGGAAUGGUUCAAGAACGCAUUAAAUCUACCAAGAGGUUUUCAUGUAAAGGAUAUUCAUACACGAAAUUAUCAACGACAUUUACAAACUGCCAAUGUCAUUCUAACCGGUGGCACCGAUAUUUCUGUUGGUCCAAGCGAAACUUCCUGCGUUUGGAUUGAAAUUAAGAAAAGGAAGGAGAAUUUUAAAAUUGGUCAAGUUAUCGGUGAAUUAUUAAUAUUGGAUAAUAUGUACGCUCCAAGACCUAUGUCUGUCCUAACUGAUUGCAAUGACAAUUGGAUUAUUUUCUUUUUUUUGGGGACUGAAAACAAGGAACAUUAUUUAGCAUCAUCCACAAUUCAUGACCGCAGUAUUGCUCUGGCAAUAAUUAAACAGUUCGUACUUAAUGAAGGAAGAACUUAUCUUGAGGUACUUGGGAAAAGUAUUACAUAUCAAACAAAUUUAUCCGAACCACUUAAGAAGAGAGCGAAGUUUCUUCAAUAUAUGCCCGAAGAGAAUGAUGAAAGAAUGGCCGACAUAAUCGAUGAUAUGACGGAAAAGGAAUUAUAUCACAUGACAAUGCGCAAGAGAUUAAAAUUAGCGAAAAGUAUUGUUAGAAUAGAGGAACAACCAAUUAUAGAUCAACUUAUUAGACAAUUUAGUGACGAUUAUGAAAAUCCAACAACAUUAAUGUAUGUGUAG